AUGUCAAUCACCCCACAAUAUUCCCGUCAGAGUGUGGGCAACUUUAUCGAUUAUCUGAAUCGUCAGUAUGGCCUUGAGAUCCCAAAUCCCAAGAUUUGCUCGCCGCAGGCCCUAGAGAAUCAAAAUUCGCUCAGAUGGCGGGUCUACAAGGGAACCAAACGUUUGUUCUAUCAACGCAGGGUUGGACUCGAGCGUCUCGUCUACGGAUUUGGUGAGUGGGUAGAAGGCCAAGAUAGGCCAGUGGGACCGACUGCGCGGCCAGCCCGAUCCAAGCGACAACAUAGCGAGGAGCCUGGACUUCUCGAGGACGAGGAGAAAGAGAAGAGGCUUCGGUAUUUGCUCAACCUGAUCGAGGAUGAGAUCUGGGAGGUCGACGGGGGAACUGUGAGAGGGAAGCGCAUCUCGGGGAACUCGACGGAGCGGUCCGCGCCAUCCGUUUCACCUAAAGAGCGACGAUUGAUACAAAUCGGAGGCGACGAUGACGAAGAUGAAUUCCACACAGCGCCAAAUUCGCCAACAAAAGCUGCUCGGCCUGUCCAAUCGCCUGGGCUGGACCUGGACAAGCUGGAAUUGACACGCCAGGACGGAGAAGAUGACGAAGCCGUUCGUGAGCUUGGAGCGAUGAGACCACCUCCUUCGAGCUUUGUGGAGAGGCUGACAGCCGUUCAGACGGCUGCUCGAAGGGAUCCGAUCAAGCGCUAUGACGCGGUCUCAUCCGCCAUCCACGAGGAUCUGAAUACGAGCUUCAUGACGACGACGACGACAGCCUCAUCGGUAUUUACAUCCCGUUACGAUCGGUCUUUCGAUACCACGGUAACGGAUAUCACUGAGCCACUGACGACACAAACAACAUACACCGAUUCCGUGGUUGAUUGGAUGGAACGAACCGUGGAUGCUGAUUUAUCUGAUCAACAGAUGGCUGGCGUUUAUGGGCAAGGAGAAAGAGACGCAAUCUUUAAGGAUCUUGUGCAGAGUCUCUUGCAAGAUGGGCCUUUCUCUUACAAACAAACCCUUGGUGGGAAGGUUCCGCUCCGUUUUCGGUAUGAACUCGAGCGGAUUGGAAGAGCGUGGAAUGUCCCUCUUUCGGAGAUGUUCAGGGGUGACCAUGAUCCAUUUGGGACCCAGGAUUCAUUCUGGGAAUGGAUUCGAAACGACCAUACUCAGCGCCACGGACAGGAUGUACCGGAGCGGUCACCUGCCAGAGCGUGGGAUGCAGCCGUGGAUACUUUUAAAACGGAGAGAGCCUCAGAAGUAGUCAUCAUGUCCGGUAAAUUGGACUGGUGUUUGCAGUCCGAGCCUGGCAUCUUGAAAUUGAAUCUGAUGCCCCUCAAAACGGACAAGACCUGUCGAUUCCACAGAAGAUUUGGCUCGGAUAGAUUUCUGACGCUUACCUUGCUCGCUCCUGCUCUCCCGCCAAAGCAUCUUCGAUAUCUGGAUCAUCCGUCCGUUCUGCGCGAGAGCAUUGCGUACUGGCUUACGCAGCACGAUCAUCACUGCCUUGGAAGAACGUGGCGGCCAUUUUACGUGGAACAGGGAAAGUCAAAGACCAAAGAGCGCAAGGAUCCCUAUUUUCAUGUGGAACUCUUUGCGAUAGAUGGCAUCGAUUUCAUUCACCGUCCUCUUCACAUGCGACAGCCGAUUGCGCCUCCGAACCAGAAGGGCGAUGCUCAUACCCCCAUGAGCGUGGAGGACUUGCUCGAGUGGCAUAUGCCUUCGUCGGAAAACGGAGACCAGAGUAAUUGCAAGCUGUUUCAGCGAAUUUCCUUGGGUCUUUCAAAAACAUGUGCGUCUGUGGCCCUCCAACCGUCACAGGUUCUUCGCUUAAGAGAUGAUCCCUCCCGGAAACUUCAGAUGAAUGAUGGAUGUGCGCUCAUGUCCAGGGGGUUAGCAAAUGCUAUUUGCGACAACCUUGGUAUUACUGGCCCUACACCCAGUGCUUUUCAGGGUCGUAUUGCCGGUGCAAAGGGACUUUGGAUGGUGGACAGACAUCAAUCCUCGAUCCGCAGCUUUUGCCAAGUUGAUAUCGGCCACGCAAAUGGUAUCUGGAUUCAAAUAUCCGAUACACAACUGAAGAUUUUCCCUCACCCGCAGGAUUGGGCCGAUGAUUAUGAUCCGGAGAAACUAGUCUUUGAGGUUGUCAAGUGGUCGAAGCCGCUGAACCCGGUCAACUUGAAUAUUCAGCUGUUGGUCAUUCUAGCUCACCGUUCCAAUUGUCGCAAUUAUAUUGCCGAGUUAACCCGGAAGAGUAUUCGAGACCCUUACGACAAGCUCGCUGAAGUUCUCGAGCGAGACAGUAAUGUCGCUUGCCGUGCGCUACUGCAAGAGCUCAAGCCCUGCGGGGGGAACCUUGCCAACAAGGCACGUCAGCUGGAUCAAUGGGUGGCGAACGAUGCCGAAUUCAUCAUGCACAUGUGUGAGGCGGGAUUCUCUCCGCAAAGCUUCUAUCCUCUUCGCAAGCGAAUCAGAUAUUUUUUGAACGAGAUUUUGGAACGCUACAUAGAAGAUCUUCACAUUUUGGUUCCCCUUUCAACAUAUGCAUUCUGCAUUGCGGACCCUUAUGGGGUGCUGCAGCCGGACGAGAUUCAUUUUGGCUUCUCGAAGAAUUGGAAAGAUCCCAGUGGGACUUUUGAGGACAACAUAUUAGAGGGGAUGGAUGUGCUUGUUGGCCGACUGCCCGCGCACCUUCCUUCUGACAUUCAGCGGCGACGCGCAGCGUGGAAGAGCGAACUGCGACAUUUUAAAGAUGUGAUUGUAUUUCCCACAACCGGUGAUCAGCCUCUAGCUGAUCUGCUCUCAGGGGGUGAUUACGACGGAGACACGCCCUGGAUUUGUUGGGAUCCAAGGAUCGUGGAGACUUUUCGAAAUCAACCCAAACCCACUGAAGCCUUACCGGUAGAGCAUUUUGGAUUGACGAGGUAUUCCAAGCCCAUGUCCCAAGUGCACUCGACAGAGGAGUUCUUACAGGGGGCUUUCGAAUUCAACUUGACAGUGUCGAAUCUCGGGCGAUGCACUCUCGAGCAUGAGCGGAUCGCUUAUCACAAAUCUCUUGACUGUUCCGAGGCCAAAGAGCUUGCCUGCUUACUGGGCCAUCUAGUCGACGGCCGCAAGGGGGGUGUCCAUCUGUCCGAGCCCGCCUGGCAAGCAUUUCGCCAAAAGAUCAGUCCUAGCGGACGAGCACCCCCUGCUUAUCGAGAUUCCAAACAGAAGCCCAAGAUGGCCAACAUCAUUGAUUACCUCAAGUUUGAGGUAGUUUGGACGGAACGCCGCCAUAUUCUCUCCGAAUUAGAGCGCAGAUUUCCCGAAACCGAGUCCUUCGACCAACUGGACGAGGACUUGAUCCGCCCCUGGAGGGAUGCGCAAAGUGCAGCGAAAAUCGACAGAGACCAAGCCUCUGGCGGUGAUCUUGAUCAUAUCUUGGACCAAGUCUCGCAAUCUAUUGGCACCCUGCACAAAAACUGGAUUGAUCUGAAAAAUGACAAUGAGCCCUACACCACUCGGCUUCGUAAAACUGCCGAAGCUGCCCGAUCACUCGAUCCUCCAGAAACCGGAACACAUCCGCUAGCCCAUACCUGGCGCAAUAGUUCGUACGAGUGGCGCAAUUUACUUGCCUCGUGCUGUUACCAUCGGUAUCGAAAUUCUCUUUUCCCGUUCCAUGCCUUUGGCGACACUUUGUGCCAGUUGAAAGCUUCGACUCGGCCCUUCCGGAGUAUUACCAAUGAGAUGGUUGCUUGUCUGCGGAUCAAUCAGAAGAUGGCGAAUCGUCUAGUGGCAGGGGAGCUUCUCGCGCAGGGAGUCGAGGAGGCGGCUGAUAGUCAGUAUGAGGGCGAGGAUGCGAUUGUGGAAGCCGUGUCCUGGAAUCAGGAUGCGCAGUUCUACGACGAGUUGGAUGACGGGAUGUCUGUGGAGUGA